GCGGUGGUAGCCCCGAGGGGCGCCCUGACUGCGGCGGGGCCCCGCACUCACUGCUCGCACAGUGGAUGCGUGCCGCCACCUUCCUGGGCAGGCGGGCCGAGUGCCAUCUCAGCCUCGCCAAAACCACAUAAAUGACGCACACCAGGCCACACAUCCGGGCGUGCACUGGGUGAGUAGCCUCCGCCCGCGACAGACCCCGGCUUGUAACAGACAGUACUAGUGAGUACCAGACCGAGGAGUGAUGUUGCGCACCUCGACGAACUGGCUCGCUCUAGGGCGUGCGCAGAUCCGAUCUCGACACAGUCCCUCUAUCCCCUCCCGGUCUCUUCUCGGUCGCGGCCCCUCUCUCCAGCCCACCCUUUCCUCAGCUCACGCCGUUCAUAAGACCUGCCCCUGCUGCGUCUCUGCCUCCCCAUCUCGCAAUUUCAACACAUCUCAUCCACACAGCUUCGCAGCUACCCCUCCCAAAGACAUGCCCAACCCUAACAAGGUUACUGAGCGGCUCUUCCAGUCCCCGUCCAAGUACAUUCAGGGGCCCUCUGCCAUCCAGAACGCGGGCAAGUACUUGUCUGCGUUCGGCAAGGCCCCGCUCCUCCUCUCCGAUGAGCUCGUGUACGGCCUUGCCGGCAAGGACCUCACCGGUGCGCUCGAAACCUCCGGCUUCAAAGUGACGCGCGGCAUCUUCGGCGGCGAGGCCUCCAGAGAGGAGGUCGCCCGCGUCGGCGCCCUCGCGAAGGACAACUCCGUCGACUUCAUCGUCGCCCUCGGCGGCGGCAAGACUAUCGACACCGCCAAGGCGAUCGCGGACGACCUCGGCCUCCAGAUCGCCGUCCUGCCCACGACCGCCUCGACGGACGCGCCCUGCUCCGCGCUCUCCGUCAUCUACAAGCCGAACGGCGAGUUCGAGAGCUACCGCUUCUACUCCGGCAACCCCCACACCGUCCUCGUCGACACGAGCGUCGUCGUCAAGGCCCCCGCGCGCUUCCUCUCCGCGGGCAUCGGCGACGCGCUCGCGACGAACCUCGAGGCCAAGGCCGCGAAGAACAGCCCCAACUUUGGUGGGGGCCUCCCGACGGAGGUCGCCACGGCGAUCGGCGCGAAGUGCGAGGAGAUCCUGUUCAAGUAUGGGCGCCAGGCGGUCCAGGCGAACAAGGCGAAGGCGGUCACGCCCGCGUUCGAAGCUGUCGUCGAGGCGAACACGCUCCUGUCGGGCUUGGGCUUCGAGUCGGGUGGUCUCGCCGCCGCACAUGCUAUCCACAACGGCCUCACCGCCAUCGACAACCACACCCUCCACACGAAGAUGCACGGCGAGAAGGUCGCCUUCGGCACCAUCUGCCAGCUCGUCCUCGACGGGGCGCCCACCUCUGAGUCUGACCGUUACAUCGCCCUGAUGGUCUCCGUCGGGCUGCCGGUGACGCUCGCGGACCUGGGGAUCGGCGCGGCGACGGACGAGGAGCUGAUCCGCGUCGCGCGACUUGCGUGCGCGCCGAACGAGACGAUCUGGAACAUGGACAGGCUCAUCACGGAGGAGAUCGUCUUCGCGGCGAUCAAGGGCGCGGACGCAGCGGGGAGGGAUUGGAAGGUAAGGAACGGAGUCAAGGCCUGAGUCCUGGGAUGUUCGUGAUGGUAGAAUUGGAUGUGUAUUGUUGUAAACGUUUCAUUGCUCUGCUGUCGUCUCUGAACAGUGUAUAAUAGGGCGUUCUCGGUGUAGCAUCGUGUAUGUAGGUUCACCAAUAAUCGAUCGGGCAU